AUGUCGAACAUGUUGUCUAACUGGUGGUAUCCGCCUGCGUCUGAAGGCAACCGAUCUUCCCUUGACGAAUCCCGGGUCGAUACCGAUGAAGAUACCACAAUUGUCGAACCUGACCAGGGCAAUGUUCUCUCUCACAUUAUAUCCCAGCUUCGGCCCGGCGCCGAUCUGAGUCGCAUUGUCCUGCCCACCUUUAUUCUCGAACCGCGAAGUAUGCUCGAGCGCAUCACCAACUUCAUGUGCCAUCCCGAGAUGCUCCUACACAUUCCUUCGAUCGACGACCCCACCGAGCGAUUCGUUGCCGUAGUCAAGUUUUACUUGAGCGGUUGGCACAUCCGACCCCCGGGCGUGAAGAAGCCCUUGAAUCCAAUCUUGGGCGAGGUCUUCUCCUGCUACUGGGAUCUUGAGGAGGGGAAAUCUAGGGCAUACUACAUUUCCGAGCAAACGUCGCAUCACCCGCCCAAGUCCAGUUACUUCUACAUGGUACCAGACCACCACAUCCGAAUCGAUGGAACAUUGAAACCUCGAAGCAAGUUCCUGGGGAACUCAGCAGCCAGUCUCAUGGAGGGUAUCGCCUACUUGAGCCUGUUAAACCGAGGCAAGGACAAGACGAAGGGGGAGCAAUAUGUGAUCACACAGCCCAACAUGUACGCGCGCGGCAUCAUGUUUGGAAAAAUGAAGUACGAGCUCGGCGACCAUAGCUUCGUUCGCUGCCCAGAACUAGACCUCACGGCCGACCUAGAAUUCAAGGUCAAGGGCUGGGUCGGUGGCACUUACAACGCCAUUGGUGGUGCUAUCAAAAGGGAGAGCACAGGCGAGGUUCUCUACGAGCUCUCCGGUUUGUGGAGUGAUGAGAUGUUCAUUCGCGACGUGACGACUGGCCAUCGCGAGAUGUUCUUCAACGCGACCAAAUCCAAGCCAAGCCCACCCAAAGUCCGACCUAUCCGUGAACAAGCUGAUCGCGAAUCCCAACGAUUGUGGGAAAAGACGGCCAACGCGGUCAGGGAGCGCAACCAUGAGGUUGCGACAGAUGAGAAGACGAAGAUUGAGGAUCGCCAGCGUGAAGAAGCGGCCAAGAGGUCUCGCGAGGGUAUCCAAUGGCAUCCGCGCUUGUUCCGCGCUGUCAAGGGUGCCCAUGGCCAGCCUGAGGAAGGCAUGAGUGAUCUAGAAUGGAUCAUUGAUGCGACUGUUGACCACACAGCGACCUCGGACCAGCAGGCUGAGCAGAUCAAGGCCAUCUAUCCGAUUGUGGAUGGUCAGCAGGCCAACUUGGACUUUCUCGACGGAAACCCGUCCAGGUCAACCAUGGUUGAGCCCAAGCCGCCUUCCGAUGAAGGAACGGAAACAGACAGUGGCAGAGACGCACCCAACGAGGAAUUGGUAGAGACUGGCCACGGCGACACGACUCCGACGACAGCGGAGCCAGCUUCGUUGCCCGCGCAAACGCCAGAUGAAAUCGAUAAGAUGCUGUCAUCGACGGGCAAGAAGCCUGAGGGUCCUUUGAUCGACUUUACAGAGGAAAUGAAGGCGGAUCUCCCGGCCACUCAGAGUAACGGCCAAGCACCACAAUAAAGCAGCCUCACUCGAGUGGAAUUAGCUAUAUGGCGUGGCAAGACAUAUGGAGAAGACAGAAUCUGUUGUAUAUACCCGCACGAAGACAUCACGUUAAUGGGCAUGUCUGUGCAUUUGAGCACGAGCAAGGCCCUCAUGUCAUUGGAUGAUAUGCAGUCUACCUCUUCAUUGAGGCUAUGAAUCCCUGAAGACCAGAACGCCUGACCGUUAAAGUAACAACACGUAAAUCCCCAAGUUUUGUUCCAAACAGACGAUUCAACCACACUCUAAUACCGUCUCCUCGUGGGCUCAGGAGUAGGCGACCUGCUAACACUCCUCUCGUCCCGUCCCCUCAUCUUCAGCCACUUCUUCGUCGAGUUCGUCAGCUCGCGAUCCAGCUCCUCGCUAGGGUUCUUGCG